AUGGAAGCGGAAAUACAAUUGGCACACUUUAAGAAGGUGCACUAUGCUAUUAUUAUAACGAUGGCAUUACUCUUUGUUUUGUUCUCGAUUUUCAUCGGCAUUUUCGGACCUGAUCAAUAUAACAAAACGAUCGAAGGACCGUACGAUAUGGGAAACGGUCUUGUGCAGUACAAAGUGCGGAAUUUGAAGAAGGAAACCGCUAGUAUGAAAAUGAUAUAUACUGAAGAUAUUACCACUGAUUUUGGUAUUGGGGCGUUGAGAAAUAUAAAUAAAGAACACAAACUAAGAGUCUCAUUAUACGAGGAGGGAUAUAACGAAACGCACGAAUACAAAUUCAAGUGUGUUUAUAGUGGGUCGACGCGAUGUGGAGAGUUAGUCAUAUUUGACCAACAGGUGUACAAAAAACAAAGCGAUAUGGACAUCGCCGUGGUUAUUCCCGAUUUCAAUGGAAGUCAAGUGAAUUAUACAGUGAAUGGUUCGCUCAUUAUUUUAACGUCCAACCCGACAUACGACCAAGCGAAUAUCAUGUACAGUUUGGUGUUAUUUUUGAUAUCGAUAGUUAUAUUUGCUUUGUACGUUCUUAUUGAGCUUCGAUUUGUGCAUAAGAAGGGAACGUACACCUCAUUUCAAUUUGUCAUUGGGUUAUUAGUGUUUGUAGUUGUAGGUCAUUCCUUUCCAUGGAAUGGAGUUGCAUAUACGAUUGAAUGGGUUGGCAUCUUUGCGGUGUCCAAAGCGUUCUACGCCAUGUUUAAUGUAGUCUUCUUCUGCUUCUUGUUUUUUGUCGACGACUCAUUCACGAAACAAAACGGACAAGAGAUCAGUAAGAUGGCGUGGAUCUUUCGAGGAGUGUUGUUAAGUUUGUUUAUGAUCAUUCGAAUAACAAACUCCGUGUUACAUAUUGUUGUUAUAGAAGAAGCAGUGUUAAUACCUACGACUCUCCCAUAUGUGGCUUCUUUCUAUUUUGAUAUCAUCGAAGAAUUGUUUUACUUCUUCUUAUACUCGUGGGCUUUAUAUAUUCUUGCGAUGACAUACAACUUUGUCACUGUACCAGUCGUGCAAAAACAACUGUCGUACUUUGCGGGGUGCACAGGUGCUUUUAUUAUGUCUCAAUUGUUUAUGCUCUUCUUUUCUUCAUUCUUCUCACAAAACACGUCCAUCUCUACAUACUUCCAAAGCGGGUCAAUGCUCAUUUACUUGAUUGCUCUACUGAGCGCGUUCUUGCCUUCACUCUCACCAGUUAAAAAUGAAUGGUCCAUUUUUUAUAAUGAAAUGGAACCGGACAACAUGAAGUUUGAUGAAGACAUUUAG